UCAAAAUGCGCUCCUGGUCAUCCUGGGAUCCGGUCAAGCUGUAUCGGGUCAAGAAAAAGGGCUACUCGGUGUUGGUUUAGAUGACGGUUGCCUGCGUCAGAGAAAAAUUGCGCACAGCAGCAAUAAGUUUGAGUUCCUCAUGAAAAUAAGCAAGGACCCACGCAAAUAAACAAUACCAAAAAUGUUAGAGUGUAGUUAGAGUAACAUGUCAACUAGUAAAGAGAGUAGUUGAAAAAACGACGCACAGUGAGCGUAAUAGCGCCCAAUAGAAAAAAAAUCUCUCAACCCGGCUGCUCUGGGCGCCAAAUGUUGUCGGUUGUGCUCGGUGCGACCACGAUAACAAUGAACAGAGGCGAGCAGGAGAAUCUCUUUCGGCAGUCGCGCAAUUUGAGACUGCAGCAGGAAGCGAAACAGCAGCUGCACAACCUGCAGCAACAACAGCAACAGCAACAGUAUCAGCAAUAUUUGAACAAACCUCGUCACUAUUCCCAUGGUAACAUCCACCAGAUCACCAGCAACAGCAGCAAUCUUCAUAUGCAAUCAUCAUCAUCGAACUUGCGAUCGUUCGUCGGCGAUGAUCGUGGCAGUGGAAGCCACCAAUUCGGGAGCAGCAGCAUCGGGUGCAGCGACGAUCUGGUGCUCAGUGUGCUCAAAUCUCCUGUUAAGGAGACGACGACGCUGCUCGGGGGAAGCAGUAGCAUUUGCGUCGGCGGCGGGGGUCAGACGACGUUAUCGGCUAGCCCGAGUGCCGGUAGCAAUGGGUUCGGGGCGAAUACCGGAACCGGGACGGCCACUACCCAAUCGCCGAGUCCUUGUGGUGGGGGAGUUGGGGGUUAUCAGGCCCUGCAAGCCUCCGAGGAUGAUCUCGUCGAUGAUAUCGAGUCGGCCAUCGAAACAACCGAGCUGAACGCGGCUCCGAAUGCGGCUGCCGAAUCGUCUUCCUCGCCGCGUGCACUGAAAUUCCUGCGGCGCUUCCGAACCGGGAAAACGGGACGCUUCGAGCCGCACCACCGAAGGGUUCCGACGCCCAUUCGGCGCAAGAAUCGUUCCCGGUCCCGAUCGAAUGCCGAUAUCCUCGACGGGGUCACGACCGGGGUGGGUGGCGUCGAUGACGACGACGAUGAUGUCCUGCAGGGAGACGACGACCUGUUGGGCGUCCCGGAUCCGUACUACCCGAUAGCACUGCCGAUCGAUCAAGCGUUCAAAGCCAAAUAUGUUUUCCACCAUCGGAGGGGCAAAACGGUCCAGGAGCGGUUCUACGUUUUCUUGGAGCAUCCCGUCGGCUGGUUGUGUUUUGUUUAUCAUUUUUCCGUGUUUAUGCUCGUGUUGGUGUGUCUGAUAUUUAGCGUACUCUCGACGAUAGACGAGUACAGUAAGUUCGCGAACGAGACCUUAUUCUGGAUGGAGAUCUGCCUGGUGGUGUUCUUCGGCGUCGAAUACCUGGUGCGUCUCUGGUCGGCCGGAUGUCGCUCCAAGUACAUGGGAUUCUGCGGCCGGCUCCGCUUCAUCCGGAAGCCGAUCUGUAUUAUAGAUUUAAUAGUUGUAGUAGCAUCGAUGGUUGUGCUGUCAGUUGGCUCAAAUGGACAGGUGUUUGCCACCAGUGCCAUCCGAGGUAUCCGGUUCCUGCAGAUCCUGCGGAUGUUGCACGUCGAUCGGCAGGGCGGCACCUGGCGACUACUCGGUUCGGUCGUUUUCAUCCAUCGGCAGGAAUUGAUAACGACCCUGUACAUUGGUUUCCUCGGGCUAAUAUUUAGCUCCUACUUUGUGUAUCUGGCGGAGAAAGACGUGAUCGGCCCCAACGGGCGGCAGGACUUUGCCAGCUACGCGGACGCCCUCUGGUGGGGAGUCAUUACGGUCACCACGAUCGGCUACGGGGACACGGUGCCGCAGACCUGGAUGGGCAAAAUAGUGGCCUCGUGCUUCAGUGUGUUCGCAAUCUCGUUCUUCGCACUACCAGCGGGCAUCCUCGGGUCCGGAUUCGCACUCAAGGUGCAGCAGAAGCAGCGCCAGAAGCACUUUAAUCGCCAAAUUCCGGCGGCCGCCAUGCUCAUUCAGUGCCUCUGGCGCUGCUAUGCCGCAGACAAGAGCUUCCAUUCGGACGCGACCUGGCAGAUCUACGUCAAGUCGGACGACCACAACACUAACAACUCCAAUAUCAGCGCCGCCCUUCCCUCGCAGCUGGGCAAAACCCUAAUGGUACAGGUGGCGAGACGCGGCGCAUCGGUCCUGAAGCGGCGGAAAUCUCGAAACCGAAUGGACGCCCCCGGGAUGAAGAACUCGGGAACUCCGAUGACGCCGGCAGCAGAUUCACAUCUGUCCAAGAGCGAAUCCGAUGGCGAUGUUGUCUUCUACAUGGAGGAACCACGGGCAGCAGGUACACCUUCCCGAACGCGGCGAAACGACCCAAACCGGGGUGCAUUCGUGAGUCAGAACAGUUCCGUGACGGAGGCUCCGAGCGACGAGGUGGAACAGGAACCGGAACAGGACGAUGAAGCCGAACCGGCCCGGGUUACGCAACUCACGGAAGCGCAUCGAAAUGCCAUCCGGGCGAUCCGGAAAAUCAAAUACUUCGUCGCCCGACGGAAAUUCCAGCAAGCGCGGAAACCCUACGACGUGCGGGACGUCAUCGAGCAGUACUCCCAGGGCCAUCUGAACAUGAUGGUGCGGAUCAAGGAACUUCAACGCCGCCUGGACCAGACCCUGGGGAAACCGGGCAGCUAUCUGGCCGGCAUCGAUCGGGUCGGGAACAUCAAACCGAUGACGGUGGGAGCCCGCCUUUAUCGGGUCGAACAGCAACUAUCUGUGAUGGAUAAGAAAUUAGAUCAAUUAACCCAUGCCAUUAACUCAAUGACGAUGCAGCAGAAGAUGAUAUUACCCCCAAUCCAGCCGCAGCUGUUCCCAGGUGGCGUAGUGUCUAGUAGUGCAGGUACCGGGGUCAUUGCUCAACCGAAUCCCCUUCAGCCGACGACGGCCAGCUGCAUUGCUCCACUACAACUUCCGGCUGCUCCGUCGCAGGCCAACUCGCCGACCCCGCAGCAGCCUCUCAAAUGCCUCGAAGACGAUGUAUAAUAUUGGAUGUAAUCAGUAGCGGACAUCCUACGUACUCUACGACAGCAACUGCACCCCCAAUCGCCUAACACGGACCACGGACGGACUUAGAGAUCACGGAAGCGACUGAGCCAGGCAUCCAAACAACUAUCGACUUUUAGGUUAAGCUUUCCGAUUGUAGCGUUACGGAGAAACAAACCAAACCAAAUCAAGAAGUAAAAUUUAACAGAAAAAAAAACAAACAAAUCAAUCUCUACAGUAGCUCUAGUUACAGAAGUAAAGUAAGUCCAACAGAGAUUUUUAAUACAAAUUCAACUCUUAGCUCGUAGCGUCAAUAGUUAUUAAUAGGUAUGGGCAAGGAACAUCCAAGAGACAGACAGGAGGAGGAGAAAGAUGCAUUUAAUAGGCGAACAAAACUCUAAUACUGAUAACUUAGCUAAGCGAUCUUCAAAAAAGAACAUUUUUAAUCGAAGCACAAA